UUCUGUUUCGCGUUCGGUCGCGUUUGGAUCGUUGACGUCUUGGUAGUCGUCGGUUUGAAAUUUAAACCCUCCUCCUUCUCAUUGGGAAAUUCCUCCAGUUGAUCCAGUGGAUUAGGGCGGAAAGAAAAACAAUUCUGUAAAUGGGAAAUCCGCUCUCCAGACAAAGAAAAACCUAAACAAGGAAGUGUACACUACAGUGAAUGUGACAAAAUAGGCUUCAUUGACAUAGGAAAUUGUAGAAGCAAGUACGCUGAAAAGGAUUCAAUAUUGAAAGGAUUCCUUAACACGUGUUAGAAAAUCGUUCUCGAGGAAUAAAUAACACUAAAGCUAAACUUUUUGAUACCCCAAUAAACUCUCCUCCAAAAAUAACCAAAAAAUGACGACAGCCAAAGUGAUCAUGAGCUUCCCCUGGGGGAGCAACAGCAACAAGGACGACAAACAGAAGGAUGGCCUCUGUCCGGAUACUGGCCUCACGGAGGCGGUGCUCAAAAUCGCCCGCAAGGAACUGCGGGAGGACAAAGCCAUCCGGGAUCAAUCGCUGGAGCAGAUGCGCGAAUGGAUCAAACAGAAUCAGGACAUCGAAAAUGUGCGCACCGAUGAUCUGUUUUUGCUCAAAUUCCUACGUACCAAAAAGUUCAGCGUCUUCAUGGCGCAACAGAUGAUCCUGAAGUACCUGAACCUGCGCAAGAUUCACAUGAACCUGAUGUCUCCGUUGGACUAUCUGUCGCCGAAGCUGCUCAAGUUGAUCGAUAACGGGUACAUGGUGGUGUCGCCAGUGCGAGACAAGAACGGACGGCGGGUCAUCAUCGGAAUUGCACGAAACUUCGACCCACAUGAAAACGACAGCGUCGAAAUGUCCCGGGUAAAUGCCCUGACCUACGAAACGCUCCAGGAAGACCACCAGAACCAGAUCGUUGGCUACGUUCACGUGGGCGACUUCAAGGGCAUGACGGCGGCCCACGUGUCCUGCUGGAAUCCGACCGAUUUCCUGCGGAUGGUGAAGUGGGGCGAACAGUCUAUCCCGAUGCGUCACAAGGAAAUCCAUCUGGUCAACAUCCCCCAGGCCGUCAAGUACGUCAUCGAAGCCGGCAAAUCGAUGGUCAGCAAGAAGAUGAAAGAUCGACUACAGGUUCACGUAACUGCCCAGGAUUUGGUGAAAAAAGUUGAUCCUGCAUGUUUGCCGAAAGAGCUAGGGGGAACUAUUCCUCUUCAAGAUAUGAUUAAUAGCUGGAAACAGGAACUGGCCGCCAAGCGAGACAUUCUGAUCGGGCUUGAAAAGAUGCGGAUCCUCAGCGAUCGUGGAAUCCUACGGCGAAAUGGUACCGACAGGAACAACAACAGCAACACCGAAUCCAUGGGAAUGGAAACUAUCACCGGGAGCUUCCGGAAGCUGGAGGUCGAUUAGUGCGAAUUCCGAAUGAUCGCGAGAUGUAAAUGUAUAAAAAAAAUUAUUCUUAGAAUAUACCUACUUAUCAACCGUUGUCGUUAGACUAGGUUAGACUAUGUACAUUGAAGAUUUCCUCUGCGUUUAGCCGGUAGAACCGUUUCGGAGUGUUAGUUUAUUUGACUUAAGUUUAUACUUUCUCAAUCGCAUCACCAAGUCAUCACAUUUGUAAAGAUAUUAUACACGAAACUUGAAAUAUACACUAUAUUUACAAUGAAUACUUAAGAGAAAAAAUGGU